CCCGGGAGCCCCGGGGGGGGCUGCGUCUGUUUCUCAGAAUUACAGGAAAAAAGCGUUGCAGGUGCUGGGCCUGGCGACUUCCUAUUUUGUUGCACCCCUCGCAGUGGCGGGGGGCAGAGGUCCCUGUUAAGCGGAACGCCCGCUCUGCAGCUGCGCAUUUCCUGCCAAUAGUUACUGAAACGGAAAUGUUCAGCUGUUUGAUUUGGAUGUUUGUCCUUCUCUGCAGCUCUAUAGCAGAUGAAAAAUCUAUCAGAGAUGCUGACAUCUUUCCUUCAUCUCCUGAAAUUGAAAGAGGAUCCACCCUGAAACUAUUUUGUGUUCUCGGAAAACACUACACACCUCACAGAAAUGCAAGCCACAUCAUCUGGAAAUUGAAUCAUGAACUGAUUGCUCAGGAAAACUAUAACAUUGUGAAUGAGACUGUAUCUAGUGUAACAAUCCAUAAUUUCACUUACAGCAAAGCUCAUGUGAAAUGUUUCACCAAGUACUUGGGCAAGAAACAACUUUUGGUUCAUACUGAAGUUAAAUCUGGCUUUCCACCAGACACACCAGGAAAUAUUUCCUGCAUUUAUUACUUUGAUACUGAACUUACCUGCACUUGGACCUCAGGAAGAGAAACAAAUCUUAUGACAAAGUUUACUCUUUACCGAAAGAUGAUGAGAGAAGGAAGGGUGAUUCUUCAAAAUACAGUGGCCUGCCGAAGCAAAACAGAGUCAUGUUCAUUUUAUUAUCCGGAUACCCCAUAUAGUAGUUCUUUUUGUUUUCAGGUGAAAGCUGAAAAUGUUUUGGGUGAAGCCUCCUCAGAUUGUGUUCCUAUACCUUUGGAAAGAAUAGAGAAAUUUGAACCCCCUGAAAUACUUUCUGUUAAAAAAAUCGCUGGUAUAAAGCAGUUGCUUACAGUCACCUGGGAAAUGCCUGAGAAGAUUAUCCCUUCACAAGAUUUAAUUUGCCAGGUUCAAUACAGAAACUUGUAUUCAAACUCUUCGGAAUUUGUCACUGUCCCACUGAGUUCUGGAGAUAGGACAGGAUCAUGUAACCUCACAAGUCUGUGGGACUCCACAGAAUAUUCAGUUGCUGUUCGGUGUAUUAGUGUUGUGUCAGUAUUCUGGAGUGAAUGGAGUAGAGGGAAAACAGCAAGCACAGAAGAGAAAGCUCCUUCAGAAAAAGUGGAUUUGUGGAGGGUAAUUGAAUCUUCACACUCAGCUGGAAGUCGAUCUGUACAUCUUAUGUGGAAGCCACUAAACAGCUUUCCACCUUCUGGGAGAAUUCUAGGCUACAAAAUACAGUAUUUUCCAGAAAACAAUGCUGCACUUAAAAUGACAAACUUCUCUACUGAUAAGAAAAUUACUUUACUUUUAAAUGAAGAGGCAUAUCUAGUAUCUGUUACUGCCUAUAACUCUGCUGGAGAUUCUCCUGAAGCUAUUUUGAGGAUUCCACCCGCUGAUGAAAAAACUUCUCAGAUUAUUGAAACAGUGAGGACCUUUACAACAAAUGAAGAAGUGGUUGUGGAAUGGAUAGCUUCUGAACCAGAAGUAACCAAAUACGUAGUUGAGUGGUACGAGGAAUUGGAAACAGAUCCUUUUGGUAGAUCAUGGCAGUAUGUGUCAGAUUCUACAAACUGGAAGACUAACAAAAAAAACUUUAAGCCAUUUAUAUGCUAUAACAUCUUGGUAUAUCCUUCCUAUGGAGAUAAAGUAGCAGCUCCAUGUUCCAUACAAACUUAUGUCCAAGAAAAAAAGCCAUCAGAAGGACCUGUGGCUGACACAGGCAUUCCAGGGAAAAAUGAAGUUACAGUAAAAUGGAAGGCGAUUUCAAAGGAUAAAAGAAAUGGAUUUAUCAGUAACUAUACAAUAUUUUAUAAACCUGAAGGUGGAAAAGAAUUGAAUGAAACAGUGAACGCUGAUGUUCUGCAAUACAGACUGAAGUCCUUACAGGCUAAUACACAAUAUACUGUCUAUAUCAUGGCGAGCAAUAAUGCUGGUGGAACAACUGGAGAGCCAAAAACCUUCAAGACUUUGAAAUUCGAUAAAGAAGACAUUAUUUUCAUUGCUCUACCCGUUGGAUUAAGUAUGUUGUUUCUGUUAGGUCUUUGGAUAACAUGCAUUUUGAAAAAACAUGCGUUUAAAAAGGUUUGCUGGCCAGAUGUACCCAAUCCUGCAGAGAGCAUUGCAGUGGAAUGGCCUCUUAAUGCAUCUAUGAAUAAUUCAUUUUUGAAGGCAGUGACAUCUGAGGCUAAAACCGUAGACUUUGAAGAUGUAAGUGUUUUGGAACAUUGUUUUCCUGAAGAAAGUCAGGAAGAAUCACUACUAAUGAAUUGUGAAAACCAUGUUUCUUCAUGUACUGAUAUUAAUACCAAAGGCAUGAUUAAUAGAGAUAACAAGAUACUGUAUAGUGAAGAAAAUGAAGUGGCUAAAUGUUUUUCACCAUCCAUGUCUUACAUAAUUACUGAUCAGGAUAUCAGAAGUCAAAUGCAUUUAGCUUUGAUACCAGCGAAGGAAUUACUACCCAUAGAAACGCUGGAAGAUGAUUUAUGUGAAUCUCAACAGAGUUCAAUUAAAAAUGAAGAAAAUGUUAAUGAAGUUUUAAAGCUGGAAGAUUUCGGUGAAAAAGUGCUCUUCAAUCCAUACCUGAAAAAUUCUGUGAAAACAAGGGAAUUUAUUAUUUCUGAGAGCUUACCAGAACACAGUAAGAAUGAACCCCAGAGCCAGUCAACUGUCUUACCUCCUUUUCAACAAAAUGUCACAGGACAACCCUACAUAACACUGGACAUGUUCGGGCUGGCCACGGCUCAUUAGGAUGUGAAAAAUUUCCUCAGCAAAGUCCCCUUGCAGGGUGUAUCUUGGCACUGCUGUUCGUGCAUUUGUGUGUUCUGACCUGGCUGAUCCCAGUUAAUUUGGAUGAAAACGAUCCCUUCAUUUGAUCAGCUGUGAAGUGUUUUUUUGCAGUUUAUAGUGUCAGGGUUCACUUUCAGUGUGGGGUGGAUGUUGUUUGGGAUUGUGGUGGUUUGGGUUUUGUUGUUUUUUUUUUACCAGAUAGUUGUGCCAGUAGUGAGGCAAAAGAAGUAGCUUUUUGUGUGUCUUCUGAAUUCUGCCACAUCAGUCUGCUUCAAACAAACUGAUCUGUACUGCGGGAGUGUGCAGCAGUGCCAGCAGCUCAUGGAUUUCUUCUCCAGCAACCAGUUCCCCUUGCUAAGCUCUGCUGGGGAAAUGUGGACUGACUUGAACAGAGCCAGGAUCUGCUGAAUCCUUCCUUGAGUUACAUGGAGUAGAACUGCUUUCCUGUUCUAAUUUCCCUCAAUUGUUUUGUAUCUGGUUUUAUGUAUAGUGUUCCUCCUGUUUCACAAAUACUUGGUAGAUUUCAGUAAUUGUCUUUUUGCAUGCUGACUCUUGAAUCAAUGGUUUGGCUUAUGGCUUCUCUGUCUUUAACGAGAGGAUAUUUGUUACGUGUAUGCUAUUGACUUAUCUGCAUUUUGGAAGGCAUAGGCUUAUGCUGGCUUUGUUGCUUCCUUCCCUUUCUCUUGUGUUUUUAAUCAAGCUCUGCAUUUUGUGCUGCUUUUGUGUUUCCUGUUUGUGUGCUGCUCUUUAAAACUGUUUACUUACUGGAUAUCUUAUCUUCUUGUCCCUUUGCUUCUAAUUUCUCCCAGUUUAAAACUGUGUUUCCCAGUUGAGGUUUUGGUAGUUUGAACUGAAAAAAAAAUAUAUGACUAAAUACAGUAUCUUGUGUUGGAGUAAGCACUGAGGUUUUAUUUAGGAAAUUAUUUUUCUGGGAGGUGUUGAAAAAACACUAAGUCUACAAAACAUCCCCACAUAUUCGUGCUAACUAAUUUAGGAUUAGAGAUUUCUAGAUUUCUAGUCAUAGAAACUACUUGUAGUUUGCAUUUUGUACAGCAGCGAUUAAGCAGGAAACCAUCCAUCAUACUAGGGGAUUUUUUUCAGCAGGAAAUAGGCUAUUACUAUAAAAUUCUUACUGAAAUAUUUACUCUGUUAAAUGACAGACUAAAAAAAACGGAGACAGAGAGUCAGCUCUACAUAAAAUGCAUUACAAGGGGUUGUUCAGUAUGACACGUGGCGCACAGUCAUUUUAAGUCUUGAAACUAUUUUCACAGUAUUUAAAAGCUUGACAUCAUCAGGCUUGUUUGCACAUAAAGACAGACUUCUUUAGGGGUGACAAAGAUACAGGAGUCAUGGGGAUAGAAAAAGGAGAGACAAAUGUGAAUAGGAAUGGAAAGCCUUUCCUUUCUGUGCAGGAAGAGGAGUGGGAGAAUGGAAAAUACAUUGUCCAGCAUGAGUGAGGAGGCUGAGCCUUACCCUGGGUGUACUGGCUAUUACUUGCAUUGUGUUGGUGAAGAUGGGGCAAAGUUUGGAUUUAGGGUUUUCAUUUAUAGUUUGCAAGCUGCUUUUAUUUAUAGCAAUGUUUAUUUAGUUCCCAAGAGAGGAUGAGAAAAUUUCUGCAGAAGUUCCUUGUACAGCAACACUAAUUUCUGCAUUUCCACCACCACCAGCUUCCCCUCCCCUGCGCCCCCCCCCCCGCCAAGUUUGUUGGAUCACUUUCCCAGCCACAGUGCUAUAACCCAAAAUGUACAUGUGUUUGCUCUUAGAAGGCCUCACUUACUUAGGUAAACCAGGUUCUGAAAAGAACAUGGGACACAGCUUUGGUUGGGUCAGUGCUCCUGCUGCUUCACUGGCUUCCAGACUUCUCACCCGCGGCUAUACUGCUGUUUCCUAGGGUUCAGAAGUCACUGACUAGUCACAGCAGGUUUUUUUCCCAUAAAUCUCGGUAUUUGUUUUAAUAUCACAAGAUUUAAAAAUAAACAGAAACAGAGAUGUUUUGGGGCCUGUCUAGGAAUUGUUUAGCAGCCAUAUGAAAGCUGUGUAUUCUGAGUUGCAUGGUUGAGAAAAGUGAAAAAAAUACUGCAGCCUUUAGAGGGAUCAUUAGAAAGGGGAGGUUCUUUCUGGGUGGAUUGGGUAGGUUCUCCCUGAAACAUCUCUUAGGUUCUGAAGGGUAAGUUACAACCUGCUUUUCCAUCUCAUUGUAUUUCCUUCUCUAUUGCUAUUCUGCUUUUCUUUGCUCACUCCUGAUUUCCUUGCCCAUUAUUUUCUCUGAAAAAUUGUAAUGCAAGAAGUCAGCUCAGCACAUCUCAGAAAUUAGGGCUGCCUUUUGCCUGUGCUGUGGAAUGCCAGCUUCUUGGACUUGGUUUGUUUUGUAUUCAGAGUUACAGUCUUUCUGAUCUCCUUAAAAUUUGUCUUUCAAACUAAUGCUGUGAACCAUGGAAAAAAAUAAAACUGAGAGCACAUAGAGAA